AUGGGGAGAAGGAAGGACCUCAGCUUGGCCGAGAAGAUUGCAGUUCUGAGUGCCCAUCAAGAUGAAAAGAAGACGCAAACUGAACUGGCUCGGCAGUUCGGGAUCUCCCGGCCGCAAGUUUCCAAGAUCAUCAAAGACAAGGAAGCGUUAGAGGUGGAAUAUAAGAACGGAAACCAGAACAGGAAGUGCAAACGGGGAAGCAAGGCAGGAGAUGUUGACCAAACGUUGUGGCUGUGGUUUCAGCAGAUGCAAUUGAAAGGACUGCCGAUCAAUGCAGCUCUCCUGAAGGAAAAGGCGAUGAAAUUGGCAGGGGAAAAAGGCAUACCCGACUUCACUUCUGAAGGAUGGUUAUCAAGGUGGAAGAUCCGACACAACUUGGUUUUUAAGAAGAUCUGCGGGGAAUCCAAAGAUUCUGAUACAGAAGCGGCAGCAUCCUGGGUGACAAACGUGCUCCCAGGAUUAGUGAAAAACUUCUCUCCCGAUGCAGUAUACAACUGUGAUGAAACUGUGAAGUCAACAACAGUGGUCAACUGCUUUAAGCAGUGCAAGUUUCCAGCUACUGCUGAUGAACCAGCUGAAGAGGAACCCGAACGGUCCGAAACACUACAAGCGAGCGAUGAGGAUCCACCCUUUGGAAUGACUCAAGAAGAAUUUCUGCUUUAUGUUGAAUGCGAUGAGAAUGUGGACGUUUGUGGUGAGUUCAGUGACGCCGAACUCCUCCAGAUGGUACGGCAAGACCAAGAUAAAUCGGAUGAAGAUGAAAAUCAUCCGGAAGAUGGCAAGGAAACGGAAGCCCCCCCAUCAAACAGUGAAGCUCUUAAGCUUCUUCAUCGACUGCGCCUCUACGUCGACUCCACGGGCGUGUCAGCCCUAGACGAAAUAUAUCAACUAGAGAGCAAGGUGCCAAUGCAGCCCUGUGAAUGGAAGGAGCAGCAUUUAGGAGGAGAGACGUGGAAGUGCAAGGAGGCUGUUCAUGGAGCUCCUGGAAGAAACUCUGCCAAUUUCUUUGCUCUGGAAAGCUCAACUGCUGUGAAGCUGCCUGCUGAACUCCUCUCUCUAAUUUAAGAUGGAAGAUCUUCAGGAGCAGAAUAUCGUGAAGUGGGGAAAGCACAUUCGAUCACUCAGAUGCUCCCAAGUUGUUCCGAGCUGAAGAAGUGCCCAAGUGGCUGUUUCAAGUACAGGGUGGUCCACAAUUAUCUCCUCAAAAGUGUUUUGGAGAAUCGGUGGAUGGACCUGGCUCUCCUUGGUGAUUCCUCGAUCAUCGAGUGACGCUUCCCUGGCAGAUCCAUCUUUGUUCCCCCUCUGCUCAAGGCCCUUUCAUACUCGUUUUGUGUCUUCCUUUCAUUCUCUUUUCCCCAAUGAUCUUCGGGAAGAGAUCGACGUGAAAGUUGUACCGGUUGGCCAUCCUUUCUCCGAGCCCAUUAUGUUUUUUUUUUUACAUCUUCCAUGUCAGUACUGAAUUGAAAAUAAAAUCAAUAUUUAUUUCCUA